AUGGUGUUGAGCAGAGAUGUAAUUGUGCUCGAGGAUGAAAGUUGGAACUGGAAUGAGAUGAAAUCCAGUUUGAAGAAGGCAAAGGUGAAGGGUAUCAUUGAUUAUCCUACUUCUGUAGAGGAAAUAGAAUAUGUUGCACACAUUAAUUCAUCUCAACACACUGUAAUGCAAAGACCACAAAGGCACAAGCAAGCUCCAAGAGCUUGGAUUAAGAAGAUUGACUCUUACUCAAUCAAGGAAAAGUUCAACAAAUGUGCAGCUGAACAUGGUGUAUAUGUGAAGGGAGAUUUUGUGAAGGAACUGAUCAUCAUCUGCCUAUAUGUGGAUGACUUACUUGUCACUAGAUCUAAUCCAAGAUUCAUAGAUGAGUUCAAGAAGAUUAUGGAAGCUAAAUUUGAAAUGACUGAUUUGGGGAACUUAAGCUACUUUCUAGGUAUCGAGUUCAUACAUACAACAAAUGGUUUGAUGCUACAUCAAAAGAAAUAUGCAGGUGAAUUGCUGAAACGAUUCAAUAUGUUGGAAUGCAAUGCUGCAAAAAGUCCUAUGGAGGCAAACUUGAAACUUGUGAAGGAUGAGGCUGAAGAAGAUGCAGAUGAAAUAGAAUACAUGCAGAUCAUUGGAUCUCUAAGGUUUUUGUGCAACAACAGACCUGAUCUUGCAUUUAGUGUGGGGGUGAUCAACAUGUUUAUGAACCAACCGAAGAAAACACACAUGAUGGUUGCAAAGAGGGUGCUACGGUACAUCAAAGGCACAAUGGAUUGUGGUGUGCUAUUUCCCUCUAGAAGAAAGAAAAUUGCAGAGGAGAUAACAGGUUACUCAAAUUCAGAUUAUGGUGGUGAUCCAGUUGAGAGAAAAAGCACCUUUGGCUAUAUCUUCAUGUUGAACGAUGCUCUCAUUUCUUGGUGCUCUAAAAAGCAACCGGUGGUGGCACUCUCAAGCUGUGAAGCAGAGUAUAUAGCUGGGAGAUUUGCUACUUGUCAAGGGGUUUGGAUUAAGGAGUUGAUGGAAGAGUUGAAGAUGCCUCUGGAGAAGCCAAUUCAGUUGAAGAUUGAUAAUGUUUCCAUAAUCAAUUUGGCCAAAAACCCUGUCAGCCAUGGACGAGUAAACAUAUUUAGGUUAAGUUUUACUUCCUGA